AAUGAAAAAUAUUAAUAAAUUAUUAUUACAUUCAUUUUGAGACAAAAUUUGAAAAUAGUUUAGUUACGUGCCACAACUGAAAGUAAAUCAUUGGCAAUUAGCUUCAAAAGUUUCUUUUCUUCGUCCACUUAUAGGAAAUCAAUGAAAGAAAUUACAGAUUAAAAAAAUUGAAAAAUUUAUAUCAGCUCAUAAUGAAUAACACAUCAACAAUAUUUGCUCAAAAUCAAUCAAAUUUUCAAAUUCUUUCUGUUUGCAACUACAUUUUGAAUUUAAGUAUUUUCUUAUGCAACAAAGAUUUAGUUAAAUUCGAUCAACAAAAUUAUACUGCUCAUGUACCAAAUAUUCUCUUUGAAUAUCUUCAUAAAUCCAAAGAUGAAUCCGAAAAGAAACUACAACUACUUCGAGAAACAAUGAAAAAAAGUGAUUUUUAUAAAAAUGAAACACUAUGCAUUAAGUACGUUAAUGAAACGUUUCAUGAUAUCAUCAGCAAGGAUCCAUUUUUCAAGAACAUUGCUUGUUUCACUAUGAAGAAAAAUGAUAAACUAAUUUUAGAGGGAAUUGAAAAAAUUCUUAAUGAUAUUUUGAAAAUUUUCACAGAGCUGAAAAAAGACACUGAGAUAGUUCAUAGAAGAAAAAAGCGCGCAGAUGAUGAAACAAAUGGAAAUCCUUCAAAAAGAAUGCGAAUAGAUAAUGAAUUAAAUUCACAGCCAAUACAUGUUACCGAUAUUGACAAUUCUGAUUACCUUGCGACAAUAAAAAAUAUUGUUUUAUUUAAAAAAGAAGGUAUUUCUUUUAGUAUGCGAAAUUACAGAUUUAAGAAAUUGAUGUUCUCUUUGGCUUUAAAUCAAAAAAAAAGUUUGGAAUCAAAUAAUAGAAUCAACGAUUUAUGGUAUAUCGAAACUACAAAGUCAAAAGCAGUAGUUAGUUUUUUGCUCAAAUUGAAAGGAAAAAACUUUCAUUUCAAUGAUAUAACACUUUUGACAAAGCGUACUCCAGUUGAUGAAAAAAGGACAGCAUUACAGACAGAAAUUCGUUAUCAUUUACAUAAUAUUUCGUCUAAUGGAUUUGUAGAUUUACAUAAAUUUUACUCUAAAUUUAUUGAUGAUUACAUAACAUUUCCCAACGUGUUCUUUCAUGUAGACAAUACUUUCCUUACUAAAAAAGUUCUAAAUAUUGAAUUAACGAUGAACAUGGUGUGUCGUGUAUGUAACUUUUUAUACCCUAGUUACAAUGAAGAAAAUUUGAAUAAAAGGAUGUUAUAUAUAAGAAGUGCUGCAGAGUUUAUGACAAUUAACGUACCAUUACAUACGAUAGAAUUAUCACAGAAAAUUUUGAUGAAUUACAUUUUAAGAAAAGUUAGUUUACAUAUUGCUCCAAGUUAUAAUGAUUUUGUCAAAGAUUAUUAUGAUCAUAUGACAAUUCUUCCUAAAUAUAAUGAUUUUGAGAUAAUGAGAAAUAGAUACAUUGAUGAUGUAUUAUUUAAGGAUAAAUUAGAUGAUAUCAAAUCAUUAAAUGAAGCAAAAAUAAGAAUCAAUGAUUUAUAUGAUAACCAUAACAUAAAUAUAGAAGAAAUAUUUAAUUUCUACACAAGUUCCUCACUUUAUUAUACUAUGCGAUUUGAAGAUUAUUAUGUAUUGUUUUUAUAUUCAAAUUACAAAAAUUUUGCAGAAAAGCACAUAAUAAAAGAAAGAUUAUUAGCAACAUUUUAUAGAUUGGGACUUAAACAAUCUUCAAUAAAAAAAAAAUUAUUUUUUAUGUUUCGCUAUGAAUUAUUUGACGAGAAUAUAUUAAAGAAUUUAAAAUCAAAAGUUAAUAUUACUGAUUAUUACUUUGUAAAUCCAAAAAUAUUUUAUGAAGAUAAAAAUUCAAUAUUAGAAGAAUUUAUAAAUCAUCCAAUAAAGACAUUUUCUAAAAUGCCGACGAUACUGCAAAUUCAAAUGUCAAAUCAAGUGGGUUUAGCGAAUGUUGAUUUUCCUGGUUUAUUUCCAUUUAAUGUAAUAACAAGUUGCUUAAAGUUUGAAAUAAAUAAUAUCUAUCAAAUUUCAAUGAAUAAAACACGAGGAUGGUAUGUGGAAAUGGUCCACUAUAAAAAUUUGGAGGAUGAGAAAAUAUUGGUUUGCAUGGCAAAUGAACUCAAUAAACUCUUAUCCAUGCCCAUUAAAUAUUACUCGGAUUUAUGAAUUUCUGAUGCAUAUUACAAUAUUUUGGAUUUACUUAUGUUUUUACAUCUAUAAACUUCAGUAUAUAAAUUCAUAUUUAUUAAAAAUAAGAAAAAGAUUUAACUUAUUUCAUUGUACACAACAAAAAAUUUAUUCAAAUAAUAAUGAUUUGAUUUAAUUAAA